AUGGACGUCUUCAAGAAGGGCUUCUCCAUUGCCAAGGAGGGCGUGGUGGGUGCCGUGGAGAAGACCAAGCAGGGGGUGACAGAAGCAGCUGAGAAGACCAAGGAGGGGGUCAUGUAUGUGGGAGCCAAGACCAAGGAGGGGGUUGUGCAGAGCGUGACCUCAGUGGCUGAGAAGACCAAGGAGCAGGCCAACGCCGUGAGCGAGGCCGUGGUCAGCAGCGUCAACACCGUGGCCGUCAAGACCGUGGAGGAGGCAGAGAACAUCGCGGUCACCGCCGGGGUGGUGCGCAAGGAGGACUUGGAACCACCUGCACCUGCACAGGAGGAUAAAACAGCCAAGGAGGAUGAGGAAGUGGCUGAAGAGGCCAAGAGUGGAGGAGACUAGAGGGCUGCAUGUCAGUAGCGGAGGCCCUGAGGGCACCUGUCUGCCUUGGACCCCACCUCCUCCCAGUACAAGGAGUGCCAGC